UAAAGGUAUAAAGUGAUGAUAGCCCAACCUGAGAGCUGCAAGCUCAUGAAUCCAAGCUCAAAAAUGUCUUCCAUGGAAGAGCCUCUGCUUCCACUAGUCCACCGCGAUCAAAAGCACUCUACGAAGAAAGACGGAAGCAAAUCUUGUGAUGACCCAAACAGGUGUGAAACUUCCCUUCAUCCAGAGAGUAACGUCAAAGGUAACUCCAGUGCCACCAAUCAUCCUCCAGCCACUAGAGAAAACACCAACAUAGUGUUCGCACGGACUUUACAGCGGGUGUGUUCUUCACCUUCUAUGUUCACAUCAAUCAAAGAAGCUCCAUGUGCACAUGAGCUCGAUGAGCAAAGCCGUGCUGCACAAUACGCACCAUCAGUUACAAGGCAGGCUAUUGUUAGUGUCAUCCUAUACAUCUCAAUAGGAGUCAUUGUGUACAUGACAAAUGUUGAAGGCUUCAAGGGAAAAUCCACGUUUAAGUUAGUGGAUGGUCUUUACUUCACCAUCAUAAGCUUGUGCACCAUUGGGUAUGGUGACAUAGUCCCUUGUACAACCUUCACAAAGGUGUUCACAUGCUUGUUUCUACUAAUAGGUGUUCGCUUUGUUGACAUUAUGUUGAACGGGCUGUUGACGAAUGUGCUUGACAAGCAGAGAACAGUCCUACUUAGCACAAUGGAUGAUAAUAAGCUUAACAAGGUCUUUGACACCUACAUGAUUGAUGCUGAAAAUAAAAGGUCAAGAGGGAAGAUGAAAGUAAUACUUGCACUAGGCGUUGUUGCAGGAUCUAUCUCAGUUUGUACAAUCAUAGUACAUGAGGUGGAAGGCCUAAAUUGGAUUGACAGCUUCUAUUUAUCAGUCAUUUCUGUGACAACGGUUGGAUAUGGGGAUUAUGGCUUCUCAACAACAGCCGGAAGGCUAUCUGCGACCGUUUGUUUGUUGGUGAGCACUUUGGCAGUUGGCAAAGCAUUCUUGUUCCUAACAGAUCUAAGGAUGGAGAGAAGGAACCGAAAAACUACUAAAUGGAUCCUCCAGAAGAAAAUGGACAAUGAACCUCUUGCUGCAGACCUUGAUCAGGAUGCAUCUGUAAGUAAAUCAGACUUUCUGAUCUACAAGCUGAAAGAGAUGGGGAAGAUCGAUGAGAAAGACAUGACAGUGAUCUCGGACCAGUUUGAUCAGCUAGGCCUUGCCAAAUGUGGAAAUGUUGCUCUUGCCGACAUAAUUGUAAAUUUAUGAUGAUUUAUUAUGUAAAGUAGAGAAAUGUCCCAUACCAAAAACAUAGAUACCGUCUGAUACUUUGUUAACUAACUAUCAAAACCAGCACAAGUAUUUGUAACCUAUUUAAUAGCAUUUCAUAUUACAACUUUACAA